AUGAAUAAUCAUGAAAAAGUUCAGUUACUGUUGAUUUAUGGAAAAUGUAACAGAAAUGCACGUGAAGCAACAAUGAUGUACUCCCGCCAAUAUCCAGAUAGGUACCAUCCUCAUUAUACUUAUGUUCAAAAACUUGAGAAGUCGUUAAAAGAAAAUGGUUCGUUCAAUAGAACAAAUGCUGUUCAACAACAACCUCGUGUAAAUCGAAAUUUAAAUGAGGAUAUUGAAAAUCAAGUCUUGGCAUACGUACAUCUUAACCCACGUUCGUCUGUUAGACACGUUGGACGUGAAGUUGGCGUAUCCAAAACAUUAGUUCAUAAGAUUUUAAAGAAAUACAAACUACACCCUUACAAACCAGACUUUGUCCAAAAUUUACGUAUAACAGACCCAGAAAAAAGAUUACAUUUUAUUUCUUGGUUUACGGUGACGUCUGAGGAUGAUCCAUUAUUACUUAAUAAUAUUUUAUGGACUGAUGAAAGUAAAUUUACUAAUAAUGGAGUAUUAAACAAGGAAAAUAAUCGUUAUUGGUCGAAUGAUAAUCUUCACUGGGCUGUUCCUACAAACUUUCAAACAUGUUGGGUACAAACGUAUGGAUUGGUAUGA